GCCAUCGGCAGUCACCUGACGGGCCAACCAGCGUGCGCCUCGGGAUGAUUAAGCAGCACAGUUCCCGACGCGAAUAUCACGGAACGGAGCCAUCUCUCGCCUGGUUGAUCCUAGGCUUGACCCUUUCGGGUCUGAAGCUCGUCGAUGGCCUAUCUGGGCCGGUCAGCAUGGAUCUGAACCCGUUAGGCAAUAUCAGUGAGGAAUAUAUAGCAGCUAAAACCAUGAUAUCUUGGCCCAGUUACUAUGCUCUCGGGCAGUUAGUUCUUCUACUGGCGCCUCGCCCCGAACCCGAACCCUGAAUCCGCCGGCUUCUCCUCCCAGCCCGGGGGCAUACGGCAAAUGGUUUAAACGGUCUUACAGUGUCGGCGUGCACCACUUAUUGCCCUGCAAUGUCGGAGAAACCGAUCUACUAUUGUCACACAACCGGUUCAAGCA